CGGCUGAAGAAGAGACCGGAAGGGGAAAGCGGCGAAGAAGCCACCGGACGGCGCGGCCUCCUCCGCAGUCGACAUGGGGGGAGGCGACCUGGUAAGGACGGGGGUGGGGGGGGGGAGAAGAGGGUGGGGGGAGGACACGGGGGGUAGUUCUUCCCCCCAAAAAAGCUGUGAGUUGUUGACAAGGAAGGGUGGUGUGGGAAGUUCGAGCCCCAGUGGAAGCACUGAAGUGUUGUGGGGUUUUGUGUUGAUUUUCCAGGGGCCGGACUGGAUGACCCCCGGGUGUCCCUUCCGACUCUACAGUUCUGAGUCUAUGAUGCAAAGCACCUGCGAAGGCCCUGGCGGCCAACGCUCAGAUACGUGGGGGGAAGGGACGGGACGGACCCAGCUUUGAAAGGGAAGGAGGGUGUUAUUGUAAGGCGCUAGGCGUUCACACUGGGUCACAGAUCACCUGCUUUUGUCGUGUGUGUAAUUAUCUAAAUCUUUUCAUGUUGUAAGUUGCCUUUAUUAUUACAGUGGCACCUCGGGUUACAGACGCUUCAGGUUACAGACACUUCAGGUUACAGACUCCGCUAACCCAGAAAUAGUACUUCCCUGUGGGAGAAAGUGCCCAAAUGUUAGUUGUCGUGGAGAAAAACCACAUCGCUUUCUCCCUUUUUUUGAAACACAAUAGGGAUAUAUUUAAAUUUGCAAUUCGGUAUAACAGGGACAGUACAGUGGUACCUCGGGUUACAGACACUUCAGGUUACAUACACUUCAGGUUACACACUCCGCUAACCCAGAAAUAGUACCUCGCGUUAAGAACUUUGCUUCAGGAUGAGAACAGAAAUCGUGCUCUCGCGGCAUGGCGGCAGCGGGAGGCCCCAUUAGCUAAAGUGGUGCUUCAGGUUAAGAACAGUUUCAGGUUAAGAACGGACCUUCGGAACGAAUUAGGUUCUUAACCCGAGGUACUACUGUACUUUAAUGUAUUUUAUUUAUGAUUUUCAAUUUUAUACAUUUCAAUAAUUUUAUAUGCAUUUUAACAUAUCAUAACUUGACUUGAUGCCAGAGUGGUGCAUGCUCUAGUUAUCUCCCGCUUGGACUGCUGCAACGCACUCUACGUGGGGCUACCUUUGAAGGUGACCCACAAACUGCAACUAAUCCAGAAUGCGGCAGCUAGACUGGUGGCUGGGAGUGGCCGCCGAGACAUUAUAACACUGGUCCUAAAAGAGCUACAUUGGCUCCCAGUACAUUUCCAGGCACAAUUCAAAGUGUUGGUGCUGACCUUUAAAGCCUUUAAAGGCCUUGGCCCAGCAUACCUGAAGGAGCGUCUCCACACCCAUUGUUCAGCCCGGACACUGAGGUCCAGCUCCGAGGGCCUUCUGGCAGUUCCCUCAUUGCAAGAAGUGAGGUUACAGGGAACCAGGCAGAGGGCCUUCUCGGUAGUGGUGCCCACCCUGUGGAAUGUCCUCCCAUCAGAUGUCAAUGAAAUAAACAACUACUGUAUCUGACUUUUAGAAGACAUCUGAAGGCAGCCCUGUUUAGGGAAAUGUUUAAUGGUUGAUGUUUUAUCAUGUUUUUAAUAUUCUGUUGGGAGCUGCCCAGAGUGGAUGGGGAAACCCAGCUAGAUGGACGGCUUAUAAAUAAUAAAUUAUUAUUAUUAUUAUUACAUCCCCCUUUUUCUGCGGUUCCUUAAAUUUAUUUUUAAUAUCUUCUGCAUAUCCAAAUUAACUCAUUUACUUAAAAACUAUAUUUGCUCAUUUAUCCAAAUUUACUCAUCUGCUUUAAAUAUAUACACAUAAAACUGCAGGUUAUUUGAAUAAUCCUGCCAUUUUUCUUAUCUGUUUACAGUUUAUUUGUAAAUAUUCAACAAACCAUUUCCAUUCUUUUAUAAAAAGUUUGUUAUCUUGAUUUCUUAUUUUCCCGAUAAGUGCUGCCAUUUCUGCAUAUUCCUUAAGUUUUUGUUUCCAUUCUUCUUUUGCUGGUACUUUUUCUUCUUUCCAUUUUUGAGCAAGUAACAUUCUUGCUAUUGUUUCUAACUAUGGAAGGGUGGCAUAAAAACAAAACGGUGGUGGUGGUCUGCCUUGCUUUUAGAAUUCCCCAGGUUAGAAUAAUAGGAUCUUAGAAUUGUAGAGUUGGAAGGUACCACGAGGGUCAUCUAGUCCAACCCCGUGCAAGGCAGGAAUCUUUUGCCCAAUUCUGGCAAUAACCCAUGACCCUGAGGUGAAGAGUCUCCUGCUGCACCAACUGAGCUAUGCCAGGUUACUUGUUGUUGUUAUAUAGUUAUUAAUACUGCGCCCCUGCCUUUUCCCUGACAGGAGUCAAAGCAGCUUACAGAUAAAAAUAAGAACUGCUAAAAGAGAAAGCAAUCAUUAAAGCACAAUUGAAUAUUGAUGGAAUUAAAACUCUCGUUUUAAUUGUAUCAGUCUUCAGUUGCUUAAAUUUGUGUGUGUGUGUGUGUGUGUGUGUGUGUGUGAAAGCUCUGGCAGCUCCAGCUGGGGCUGGGAAUGCGUCAUGUCGGGAACCCUAGAUACCAGCUGCCAGUCAGUGUAAAUAUUAUUAUUAUUAUUAUUGCUACUUAUUAUUAUUAUUACAGUGGUACCUCAGGUUAAGUACUUAAUUCAUUCCGGAGGUCUGUUUUUAACCUGAAACUGUUCUUAACCUGAAGCACCACUUUAGCUAAUGGGGCCUCUUGCUGCUGCUGCACCGCCGGAGCACGAUUUCUGUUCUCAUCCUGAAGCAAAGUUCUUAACCUGAGGUACUAUUUCUGGGUUAGCAGAGUCUGUAACCUGAAGUGUCUGUAACCUGAAGCAUAUGUAACACGAGGUACCACUGUAUUAUUAUUAUUAUUACUACUUAUUCCUCGCCUAUCUGGCCAAGCCUCCCCAGCAACUUUGAGCAGCUCCCAACAGAAUAUUAAAAACGAUAGCAAGGGUCAUUCCUGCCGCUCAUGAAUCGGGCGAAACCUGCACUUCCAUGCUUUCUUUCCCCUUACUGUUCCUGGCAGCGUUUGCUGUUUUGGUACACCAUUUGCAAGGGAAACCUUAUCACCUGUUGUGCCAAGUUACAGGGAAGCAGGCAGAGGGCCUUCUCGGUAGUGGCACCCGCCCUGUGGAACGCCCUCCCACCAGAUGUCAAAGAGAACAACAACUACCAGACUUUUAGAAGACAUCUGAAGGCAGCCCUGUUUAGGGAACCUUUUAAUGUUUAACAGACUACUGUAUUUUAAUACAGUGGUACCUCGGGUUAAGUACUUAAUUUGUUCCGGAGGUCCGUUCUUAACCUGAAACUGUUCUUAACCUGAAGCACCACUUUAGCUAAUGGGGCCUCCUGCUGCCGCUGCACCGCCAGAGCACGAUUUUUGUUCUCAUCCUGAAGCAAAGUUCUUAACCUGAAGCACUUUUUCUGGGUUAGCGGAGUCUCUAACCUGAAGCGUCUGCAAUCUGAAGCGUAUGUAAACUGAGGUACCACUGUACUUUGUUGGAAGCCGUCCAGAGUGGCUGGGGAAACCCAGCCAGAUGGGCAGGGUAUAAAUAAUGUAUUAUUAUUAUAUACCUCAAUUCAAGGGUCUCAUUCCUGUUCGCAGAACCUCAAGAAAAGCUGGCAUCCACAAACCCUUCGUAAUGUGGAGAAAGUUUGGAAAGCAGAACAGAAGCAUGAAGCCGAACGGAAGAAAAUCGAGGAGCUGCAGCGAGAGUUACAUGAAGAACGAGCGCGGGAGGAAAUGCAGCGCUAUGCGGAGGACGUGGGGGCCGUCAAGUAUGUUGGGCAGGAUUUCCUUGGCCGACAGGCAUAUUUAGGGCUUAAAUUGAGCAGAUGCUUAGCGUUUCUUCUUCAAGCAGCUACACUGGUAACCAAAAUGCCACAGAAAUGUGAAUCAGUUAGUAGAAACAGCCUCAUAGGAUGAUGGUUUCUCAGGUUCUUUGGGGAAAACUUGGAGUGAAAUUAUACUUGUUCAGGGUCAGAAACUCAGAUAUAUAUACUGUAUUUUUCGCUCUAUAAGACGCACCUUUCCCCUCCUAAAAAGUAAGGGGAAAUGUGUGUGCGUCUUAUGGAGCGAAUGCAGGCGGGAGGCUCUGCUCAGCGCUCCCUUUAAAGAGCCGCGUGGAACGUGUGUGUGGCUCUCGGGCACUUUUCCCCGAGGAGGGAGAAGGGCAGCCCAUAAGUCCCGUCUUCCCUCCUUGGGGAAAAGCCCCCAAGAGCCGCAAACACGCUCCACGCACUCUUUAAAGGGAGCGUGGCUCUUGGGGGAGCCUUCCUCCCACUGCCAGGCGAUCCCACUUGCUGUCCUGGCUUCUGGCUUAGCCACACGCAGCCUCUCCCGGGCAGGGGGAGCUUUCAUCUCGCUGCUCUGAAGAGGCUUUGUGUGGCUGUUCCAGAAGCCAGAACAGCAAGAGGCUAUCCCAGAAGCCAGAUUGCUCUUGCUGUUCUGGCUUUUGGGAUUCAGAAUUUUUUUUUUCUUGUUUUCCUCCUCCAAAAACUAGGCGCGUCUUAUGGUCUAGUGCGUCUUAUAGAGCGAAAAAUACGGUGAGCUAGGCACCUCCCCCCCCCCGUGAGGCUUAUUAUUUCUAUUCAUUUCAUUUCUAUACUGCUUUAUAUUUUAAAGAAAAACAUCUCAGAGUGCUUUACAACACAUUGAAACGUCAAUGCAGAAUAAAACAAAUUCAAGCCUCAAGGAAAAUAUUUCAGAUCCCUUUCUAAGUGACAUUUUGCUUUCCCCAUAUCUAUUUACCCACUUAUAUAGCAGCCCCAUAACAGAAGUACUCGGGGCAGCCAGUGUGGUGUAAUGGUUAGAGUGUUGGACCAGUAUACGAAGAAGAGUUUGGAUUUGAUAUCCCGCUUUAUUACUACCCUAAGGAGUCUCAAAGCGGCUAAUAAUCCUUUCCCUUCCUGCCCCACAACAAACACUCUGUGAGGUGAGUGAGGCUGAGAGACUUCAGAGAAGUGUGACUAGCCCAAGGUCACCCAGCAGAUGCAUGUGGAGGAGCGGGGAAGUGAACCCGGUUCACCAGAUUAUGAGUCUACUGUUCUUAACCACUACACUGGAAGAUUGGGGUUCAAGUCCCUACUCAGUCAUGAAGCUGACUGGGUGACCUUGGGCCAGUCCCAGCCUCUUAACCUACCUCAUGAGGUCGUUUUAGGGAUUAAUUGAGGGGGGGUGAACCAUGUACUCAUUGGAGAAAAAGGUGGGAUAUAAAUUCAUUAAAUAAGCUCUUCUGCAUGCCUGUUAAGAAAACUGGAGGGGCCAGCCAGAUGGAAAUGUCAGUUAUCAGUCUGGCAUCCAGAGAUCUCCCAUGUGGUCGCAACAGUGCUAUUUUUCUAGAAAAAGGGGUGCCAGAACUCACCAAGAUUGCCAUCCUCGUUCUCUUGGAGUGGCAACGACGCCCACCUGAGAGGUGCCGGAACCGAGUUCUGGUCAAUCCCAGCUGAAAAAAAUAGCAAUUGGACCAGUGCCAGUAGCAAAAUGCACCUGGUGCCUGGCUAAUUUCUAACACUAAUCCGUAAACAAACUCCUGUGUUGCAAUAUAGACGAGCUGAACAAUAGAACACAACACGAUGGCCAAGAACAAUGGCACUAAACACUAUUUAUAGACUAAUACAAAUGAUCAGAAAUUACAACCAAAGUCUCUAAAUCUUCCUCACCAGUCGCGGUAGAAUAAUUCAAAAGUUCGAUAUCAAAUAUCACCGGAAUGGAGUUUCCGGAUAACCAAUCUGUUUUGUUCAAUGCUUCAUCAGCCAAUCUUGAUCAAUGCUUCAUCAGCCAGACUUGUAAGAAUUAAUAUGAGAAUGAUGCAGUUAAAUUUCUUAACAAGCCAAUCUUACAUGUAAGCAAAUAUAAACACUGUAGAAAAUAUACUCUGGAUCAGUGCUCAUAUGAUACUGUAGUCACUGAAUUUUUGAAUUCCGGCGAUAUUUGGUGACAGAUUAUGUAUAGAUCGAACUUUUGAAUUAUUCUACCGCGACUGUUGAGGAAGAUUUAGAGACUUUGGUUGUAAUUUCUGAUCAUUUAUAUUAGUCUAUAAAUAGUGUUUAGUACCAUUGUUAUUUGCCAUCGUGUUGUGUUAUAUUGUUCAGUAAUAUCUAACACUGACUUGUGUAUAUAUGUUUGCCUGUGUCUUUAUUUCUGUUUCUAACUUGCGCUAUUUCUAAACAAAGCACAGGCACAAAAACGUAUUUUAGAAAGUUUAAAAUUACCCCCAGAUCUGUUUCACCUUCCGUCGGCUACUCAAUCGUUUCCUUGGUCAACUCUUCCUUAUAACAGUUUGAGAAAUGCUUCUGUUGUAGAGGAGACAUCUUUUGCUUUCUCUCAGCUCCCACCCACUUGGUCUGAAAAAUAUGUUUAAUGUCCUUUUCUGCCAAUGAAUUAGGAAAAAAGAUGAGAAGCUGGAGUGGAUGUACCAAGGACCAGGAGGCAUGGUGAACAGAGAUGAAUACCUUAUGGGCCGCCCAGUUGACAAAUACGUCUUUGAGACCAUGGAGGACAAGGAAACAGGCUGUUCCUCUGAGACCGGCCUUCUGCCAGGCUCCAUCUUUGCCCCUGCAGGUGCCAACUCUGCCUUGGAUAUGGCCAGCAAGAUCCGAGAAGACCCGCUGUUCAUGAUAAGGUAGCAAAAAUAUUUAGCUUUAUAUGGAACCAGUUGGUGCUCUUAAGUUUUGUAAAGUACAGGGGAAUCAAGGCCUUUUUAGUGUGACCAUGCAGUGGGAGGACGACGACGUAUUGUUUUCAUUAGUGUCACCAGUUCCCCACCUUAAUAUGUAUUUAUUUAAAGUGGGAUUUUUUUUACCUUGCUAAAAACUCCCAAAAGUGGCUUUAAAAGGCCAGUAGUAGCUGUGGUCUAAACCACAGAGCCUAGGGCUUGCCGAUCAGAAGGUCGGUGGUUCAAAUCCCCGCGACGGGGUGAGCUCCCGUUGCUCGGUCCCUGCUCCUGCCAACCUAGCAGUUCGAAAGCAUGUCAAAGUGCAAGUAGAUAAAUGGGUACCAUUCCUGUGGGAAGGUAAAUAGCAUUUCCAGGCGCUGCUCUGGUUCGCCAGAAGCGGCUUAGUCAUGCUAGCCACAUGAUCCGGAAAAACUGUACCCCGGCUCCCUUGGCCAGUAAAGUGAGAUGAGCGCCGCAACCCCAGAGUCAUCCACAACUGAACCCUAACGGUCAGGGGUCCCUUUACUUUUCUAGUAAGACAAAGGUGUAAGAAAAAUGUAAAGCUGAGACAUUACGUUACAUUGCAGAAACUUGCAGUGAUGCGAACCUUGCAGUUAGGUUUCAUUGCAAUGUUGGGAUAACAGUGCUGUGCAUGGGGAAAUCUCAUCAUAACCUUGAAAUCUCUCCCCACCCCCGGUUUUUAAUGUUGUUAUUUAGGAAGAGGGAGGAAGAGAAGAAGCGUGAAGUUCUGAACAACCCUGUAAAAAUGAAGAAGAUCAAAGAACUGGUAUGUUAAGGCUGUGAUCCUAUGUACCCUUAGCUAAUAUUCUAUGGGACGUGCAUAGAAUUGUGCUAUUGUCUGUAACAAAUCCUUAUAGCAAGGAUUAACAUGUACAAUGUCCUCUUGUCUUUGGGGUGGGGGGAAAUAGCAUUUUAAUUCCAAGGUUGAAAUGUUUAGGUGUGAAGGCGUGGACUCUGGCAUUACAUUGGUGCUGAUUUAAUUGGCAUUAUAUUGGUGCUGAUAUAAACGUAUUGAGGAUAAAUGUAACCUUCAUCUUUUAAUUGUGUGCUCACAACCAAGGUGGUUUAAAGACUGGUACAGGGAAGGGUGACUUUCCACCCCACCCCUUUUCCAAUGCCUGAUUAUGGUUGGAGCAGCAAUUUUCACCUAUAUAUUAUCAAGAGAUAAUUAUUCCAACUUUAUCUAAUGCAGAAUAGGACAAAGAGAGGUGGUGGGAAGAAGUCUUUGUCCUCGCACUCCUUCACGGGGUAGAACUGCGUUAUAAAUCACUAUGUUGUUUGAUAUGUCUCCUUCCCCCACCCCCAGUUGCAAAGCAGUUUGGAGAAGAAGAAGAAAAAGAAGAAGAAAGAUAAGAAGAAGAAGCACAAGAAACACAAGCACCACAGCCCCAGCAGCAGUGAAGACGAACAGGCAAAAGCCAAGUACGUUUAGAGAGAGCCAGUGUGGUGUAGUGGUUAAGAGCAGUGGACUCGUAAUCUGGGGAACCGGGUUCGCUUCCCUGCUCCUCCACAUGCAGCUGCUGGAGGACCUUGGGCCAGUCACACUUCUCUGAAGUCUCUCAGCCCCACUCACCUCACAGAGUGUUUGUUGUGGGGGAGGAAGGGAAAGGAGAAUGUUGGCCGCUUUGAGACUCCUUCGGGUAGUGAUAAAGCGGGAUAUCAAAUCCAAACUCUUCUUCUUAUACGCAGUGCGACCUUGUUCAACACUCAUUUCCUGUUCUUAAUUAGCAACGUAUUUUCCACUCUUGGUUGGGUUGGUCUUGUGAGGUAGGGCUUUGUCACUCAUUUUGAUGUUGAUAAAGGAGGCUAAGGAGAGAGUGAUUUGCCCACAAAUGCAGAGACAGGACUUGUACCUACUCUGCCCGUGAAGCAGCAGUGGAUAUUCAGUAUCUGCUAAGUAAUGACAGGCAGAACAGUUUUCUUUCUCCCUUCAGAAAUGUCCUUGUGGGGGGCAGAGGCACCUCCUUUUCAAGCCUAUGCACUUGCACAUCUUUCUCCUGCCUCAGGCAAUUCGUUGGAUCCCCAGGGAGUUCCUGCUGCCAGGCUUGCCUUGUUUUCCUUCCCCUUGUCUAUCUGUUAGCCUGGGUUCCUUGACAAGGCUUGGUGUCUACAGGUUAGGCAUUCAGAAUUAGGUGCCAUGUAAACCACAGAGCCUAGAACCUGCCGAUCAGAAGGUCCGUGGUUUGAAUCCCCGCAACAGGGUGAGCUCCCGUUGCUCGGUCCCUGCUCCUGCCAACCUAGCAGUUCGAAAGCACGUCAAAGUGCAAGUAGAUAAAUAGGUACUGCUCCAGCGGGAAGGUAAAUGACGUUUCUGUGCGCUGCUCUGGUUCGCCAGAAGCGGCUUAGUCCUGCUGGCCACAUGACCCGGAAGCUGUACGCCGGCUCCCUCGGCCAAUAAAGCGAGAUGAGCACCGCAACCCCAGAGUCGUCUGUGACUGGACCUAACGGUCAGGGGUCCCUUUACCUUUUUAAUAUCUGAGACUCUGUAGCUAUCAGACCACCUGGAGAGGUUCAAUAAUAACCAGGCUGACAAAGAGGCUGGCAUAAAUUUUGCUUUUGUCCUUUGCUCUAGGUCACGGGAGAAAAUGGACCGCUCUUCCUCGGAGCCUCUUCACCCUAAAAUACCCGGGUAUGGCUUACAGGUACGCCCAAGCUGUCUACCCUUAAGUCUCCCCCCCCCCACUGGGUGGCAUUUACAGUGAGCAGAAAGGAAGGGCUGAAGACCACGGCUGGCAAGCAUGGUUGCCUCCAUCACCAGUCGCACCUUUCUCCCAUUUCAGAUCCAAAACGCCAGCCGCGAAAGCACAUUUGGCCACAAGGUCCAACAGAGUUCCGGGUCGAAGAGCCGCGGCCUGUCGCCAGAGAGGACGUCUGGCAAGAAGAACGCUUACGAGGCGGAGCAGAGCAGCCGCAGGAGGUCAAGGUCACCUAGGCACAAUAAACAGUAAGCAAGGAGAGGGGGGCAGCUGUUGCUGGGUGCCUAUUGAUAGUGCUAUGGAAGCCAGUCUAUUUCUGGCUUAGAAUCAUUUACUUGUGGUGGAGUGUCAUGAGAAAGCAGAAUGGGGUCUGAGUGUACUUAAAGGGAGAUAAUCCCAUCUCCAGCGUAUGUCUCACCCACCCUGUGUUCAUCACCUGAGACCCUUCUUUGUGUGUCUCCUCCGCAAGAGGUCCAGAGAGUGGCAGCGGAAGAAGGGGCCAUUUUUGCCAUGGCUCCCUGUUUGUGAAAUGCUCUCCCCAGGGAGGCUUGCCAGGCGCCUUCAUUAGAUAUCUUUAGGUGCCAGGCAGAAAAAGUUUAUUACUUCUCUGGCUGAUUAACAUUCUAUGGCCUUUUUGUGGGAGGGGGGAUAUUGGUUUGUUCAACUUUUUUAUUACGUAUUUUGUGUUCUCAUUUUGUAUUUUUAUCUUGUGACCUGCCCUGUAAUCUUCGGAUGAAGGGUGCUGUACAAAUUCAAUUAAUAAUAAUAAUAGUAAUUGUACAGUGGUGCCUCGCAAGACGAAAUUAAUCCGUUCCACGAGUCUCUUCGUUUUGCAGUUUUUCGUCUUGCAAAGCACGGCUAUUAGCGGCUUAGCGGCUUUAAGAAAAAGGAAACGAACUCGCAAGACGUUUCGUCUUGCGAAGCAAGCCCAUAGGGAAAUUCGUCUUGCGGAACGACUCAAAAAACGGAAAACUCUUUCGUCUUGCGCGUUUUUCGUCUUGCGAGGCAUUCGUCUUGCGAGGUACCACUGUACAGUGGUACCUCUGGAUGCUAACGGGAUCCGUUCUGGAGCCCCAUUCGCAUCCUGAAGCAAACACAACCCGCGUCUGUGCAUGCGCAGGUCGCAAUUCGCCGCUUCCACACAUGCGCGUGACGUCAUUUUGACCGUCUGUGCAUGCAUGAGCGGCGAAACCUGGAAGUAACGCGCUCCGUUACUUGCGGGUUGCCACGGAGCGCAACCUGAAAAUCCGAAGCUACUUCAACCCGAGGUAUGACUGUACAAGAUUGGGAAGGGGCAGGAGAAUGGAAUAGGUCCAAGACUCAUUGGGACCAAAUGGUUAUUUUCGUGGCGGAUAUAAAAAAAGGAUCUUCCUGAAUUGCAGCCACAACAUCAAGGAACAGAAGGCAAAAAGGAGUCCUUCGCCGAAGCAAGAAGUCUAUAGAAGACCACAGACCUCAAGGUAUGUUUAAGUGGGUACAGCGCCAGGGGGUGCAUUGUGAAGAAAGGGAAAGAGCUCUAUAAGGCUGCAUCCUUCAUGCAGGAGGCUGCAAGAUGGAUUGGCAAAGCAAGGCGACGAUAUUCAAAGUCCCGCACUUGGUGUUUAAUUCAAGUCCACCUUCCUGGAUGCUGAAGGCCAGAAAGCUGCUCUUAGGUGCUUUUUUUUAGGUUUUAGACUUCAGUUCUGUGCCCUGGGUGGUCCAAUGUACUUAGUAGACCUGGUUAAAACCAGAAGAAUCCUGGUGUGGGUGUGAAAUCUAGAUCCCUUAAUGCCCAUGUGCCAUGCUCUGCCCUGGCUUCCUUUUCAUUUCCGGGCAAAUUCAAGAUUGCCCAUGUGCUCUAAAGGAGCUUGACAUACUGCAAGUAGCCAGAGGCAGUUUGCUGUAGCUAAGAGAAAUCCAUUUGCUCGGAGUUCCCCAGUUAAGCAGGGAUUUGAUUUGAACCCAGGUCUUUUCACUUACCCUAUUUGUAUGACCGCCCAUCAACCCAUGUUCUCCUUGGUUCACCAAAAAAAACAAAAAACAAAUAGUGUUCAGAUCCGAUAACACUGAUCAAAGUUACAGCAUUCUGCUGUAGCUCCAGCACUGGAGGCUGGGCAGACUGAAACUGAACAUGAUCUCCUUUAGGAAAAAACUCUCUGCGGAAGAGCUGGAGAGAAAACGUCGAGAAAUGAUGGACAAUGCCAAGUGGCGGGAAGAGGAGAGAGCGAAGAACGUGAACAGACACAGAAAAGAAGAGGAGCGAGAGCUCACCCGGGAUAAACUUGACAACGGCAAUGGGAAGUUUAUACAGUGAGUUUCCUCCCUUCCUCUGAAACUUGGGGGGGGGGGGAGCUAUAGCUGAGCAUGUGCUUUGGGUUCAGUCCCUGUCAUCUCAAGUUAAAAGGAUUGAGUGAUGGGAGACCUUGGAGAACCACUGCCCAAAAUAUUAGACGUCACUGGGUUACAUGGAUGCGGGUGGCGCUGUGGUCUAAACUGCUGAGCCUCUUGGGCUUGCUGAUCAGAAGGUCGGCGGUUCAAAUCCCCGUGAUGGGCUGAGCUCCUGUUGCUGUUUCCCAGCUCCUGCCAACCUAGCAGUUCGAAAGCACGCCAGUGCAAGUAGAUAAAUAGGUAUCGCUGCGGCAGGAAGGUAAACGGUGUUUCUGUGCGCUCUGGUUUCCGUCAUGGUGUUCUGUUGUGCCAGAAACGGUUUAGUCGUGCUGGCCACAUGACCUGGAAAGUUAAGGUAAAGGUAAAGGGACCCCUGACCAUUAGGUCCAGUCGUGACCGACUCUGGGGUUGCAGCGCUCAUCUCGCUUUAUUGGCCGAGGGAGCCGGCGUACAGCUUCUGGGUCAUGUGGCCGGCAUGACUAAGCCGCUUCUGGCAAACCAGAGCAGCCCACGGAAAUGCCGUUUACCUUCCCGCCAGAGUGGUACCUAUUUAUCUACUCUUGCACUUUGACGUGCUUUUGAACUGCUAGGUUGGCAGGAGCAGGGACCAAGCAACGGGAGCUCACCCCGUCGUGGGGAUUUGAACCGCCGACCUUCUGAUCGGCAAGUCCUAGACUCUGUGGUUUAACCCACAGCGCCACCCGCCUCCCUUACCUGGAAAGUUAGCUAUAGACAAACGCCGGCUCCUUUGGUCUGAAAGCAAGAUGAGUGCUGAAACCCUAUCAUCGCCUUUGACUGGACUUAACCGUUCAGGGGUCCUUUACCUUACCUUUUUUUUCUUUUUUUUACAUGGGCCAGUGGUCUGAUUUAAACACCUUCAUGCUUUCCUAUAAAAUUUCAGUUCCAAAACUAAAGUAAGGGUUGCACGUGGCUCAGGAAGUAUACCGUAUGCAGUUGGUAUGUGGUUUAAGAAAAGGCUUUUCCCUUUCUGAGCCCAUUUCCACCUCUUUCCUUCCUGCCUAAAAUUCCUUUUGGUGGGAAACACCCUUGGGGUAGAAGGCAGGAGGCUGCUUUUUCCAACCCAUCACGUUUCUUUCUCUCUCGGUUUUCCUGCAGCCACAUAAAGCUUGAGAGUGCGUCAACCUCUUCCCUUGAAGACAGGGUCAAGAGGAACAUUCACUCCAUCCAAAGGACAGCGGCAGCCCUGGAAAAAAACUUCAUGCAGAGAUGAGACUUGCUUCUGACUUCCUCCACCGGACCACUGGACCAGAUAGGGAAACCUUCGUAUAAACUCCACAGCUCAGGCCAGCUGCCCUCUCACUGUGUGAGAGGGCUUAUACCUGGGUAUCAUGAGGAAGACAUUAUCUUUGAUGCUUUGCUAUAAGGGUCGUUUUUUUCCAAACUAGGAUGUCGUAAAGGCCUGUGGGGUCCCAACUUUUGGAAGAGUUUGAUGUACUCCUGGCAAGGCUUUUUGAUGGUAGGCCCUGGCUUGAAGCUCCAUAGAGCUAUAACAUUUAGGCUAGAGGGUAUUAGCUAGAGGAGAUUUGCAUCCACAGUGAAUGGAACAGAAAGAAAGAAGAGGCGGUCCUUUCGCUUCUGAUUAUGUCAUCGCUUCUUAUAAGGAGCACAGCUGCCAAAACCCCGUGUAUUUUAUUGGCUGAUCAUAAUUCCUUUUUUGUUUCUUAAAUAACUUGAUAUUAUUGGGCAUUGGACCCAUCCAAAAUUUAGUGAGGCAAGUGGAGAAUUCUGGGGAUUAUAGUUUCCCUUUGGCUUAUGUUUCUGUUUUGUUGAGUUAUUCUCCCCCACCCCCAAGACUGGUGUUCUAUCCAGUCCAUUUUUAAAACAACUUUUAAAUAAGAUUUUGUGCUGGGUACCUAAUACCGUAGAGACAGGGGUGCCUUUUAUAAAAAGAGGCUUUAUUUUAUUUAAAGCGUUUUAGUGGAGACAGAUGCACUUUCUGAAGUGAAACUUAGCUCUCUGAAGAAUAGACAAAAAGGUAAUACCUGACCUAACGGGACAGCCGUCUUUGUGUAGUCUGUGAUGUGUAAAUGCUGAUCUUUGUAUAAAAUCCAGCUGGAAUAAUAGAUAUUGUUUCUCUUAA